CGGUACAGGGCAUCAAUCAUCCGAUGCGAGGGACUCGACGCCGGUAAAUAAACGAGUCACAUUUAACAAGAGUUUGGACGAAAUCUUUAUGGGAAAUUGGGGUACCAAUACGAGAGAAGAUUUGGACACGAAAAUCUAUAUUUUUUGGUGUCGGGUUAACAUCUUCCUUAUCCAUAUUUGUUUGAAAUCUCCCGGUGCAAAUCACAGCAGUAGCACGCUAACGCGUUCCAUCGCACUACAUCUGCAGUUGUUGGUCGGUGACAAACUAGCUACGGUUAGUUAGCUGUAACCAGAAUAUGGAUAUUUUUGUAAAGACAAUAGAGGUGAUUGUGCUCGAACGUUUAGCUGAUUUUACGUUAUGACCUGCUAACGUUAGUACUGUAUUGGAAAUCUGACCGCUAAACCCAUUCCUCUGUAGUCAGUGGUAUCAAGGUGACGGAUGGAAGUAGCUAAGCUAAAGCCACUGGACUUGUGAACCGGUGAACCGGUGUAGAUAAACUAACUAUGGCUAAUGUGUGCCGUGGAAUGUUGUACGCUAGCUAGCGACACAUUGAGUAACUAGCUAGCAGCUACCAUGAAUUAUAUUGUGUUAGCUAACCUCCGACAGAUGUUGGGUGUUAUGUCGGCAAUCAAAUGUAAUAUGUAAUGUAUACCACGGGCUUACACCAUGUAUGUGGUUGGCCUCGUCCUUGUCAACCCCUGUGGUUGACACAUGUAUCGGUUUUUAAAAGCAAACAGCGGGAUAAAAACGCUGUCACCGGGUAGUGGUGCUGAAAAGAAAGAACAUAUUUUCUGUCGCUAGCUCGCUACAGUACUGUAGCAAUGGGAGCUAGCUAGCAAUGUAGCUAGCGGCACAUUAUAGCUAGCGAACCCCCCAGAUUUUAUCAAUGGUGUCUAAUAAAUUUUUAUUCGCAAUAAUUCUAUUAUAUGUGUAUAUAGGUGUACAGUCAUUAUUUUACUUUUUUGGCGGCGUCGUUUUAACUAUUUUGGUUGCUAUGGCAUUUUUAAAUGGACCCAGACUAUUAGACUGGGCGAAUUCACCUCCUCAUCUUCAAUUCAACAAAUACGUCCUGACUGGAUACCGACCAAUAUCCUCUGUCCAAGACUGUAUAAGAAGCCUUUUUUACAUGCACAACGAACUGGGAAACAUAUACACACAUGGUAUCCCUCUGCUCUGCUUCCUGUUCCUCAUCCCGCUCAACUUCCCCUGGUCCCAGAUCAGUGUGACAUGGCUGGGUGUGGUCCACUUCCUGGCCUGCCUGUCCCCCCAGCUGGGCUCUGUGCUCUACCACCUCUUCAUGAACCACGAGGGAGGAGAGCCUGUCUACCACACCCUUCUCACCCUCGACAUGUGUGGCAUCUGCAUGAUCAACACGCUGGGAGCGCUGCCCAUCGUCUACAGCACCCUGCUGUGCUACCCAUUCACCCGCACAGUGGCUCUGCUCGUCUACAUCCUGCUGUCCAGCUACGCUAUCUACUCGGCCAUCACGGCGCGGAGUAGCGUGCGGCGCCUGCGCUCCUUUGCCUGGCAGGCCCUGUUCCGCUUCUCCUUCUUCCUGCUGCGCUGGGUGGGUGUGGGCGGCGGCAGCCCCACCUCGCUGCAACACUUCCUCACCAUGGACGCGCUGGCUGUACUGGGCGGGAUCAUCAACAUCUCGCGCAUCCCAGAGCGCUUCCGCCCGGGCCUCUUUGACUACUGGUGCAACAGCCACCAGAUCAUGCACGUGCUGGUGGUGGGCUCCAUCCUCUACCUGCACUGGGGUGUGCUGGACGACCUGCUCUGGAUCAACAGCCACCACUGUCCCUCAGACUGAGCCCCACCCUGCCUGGAGGGGGACCAGUGGGGAACAGGGUUUAGGACCUCUGGGGGGGACUGUUUGAAAAGGUAAUACUUGGGAAGGGAAGAUGGGAGGUGUUCAUGAAGACGUGCAUGGAAGGCCAGAUAAAGUGAUUUACAUAAUAGGGAUUGAUGCAGGCUUUGACACAUGUGCAAGAAUGUUCAUACUGUAUCUGAGUCCACCUUGCCAUUAUACAUGCGUUGCUAUUUAUAUUAGGGAAUAUUGGCUCACUGGUCAACACACACACACACACACACACACACACACACACACACACACACACACACACACACACACACACACACACACACACACACACACACACACACACACACACACACACACACACACACACACACACACAGCAGAGGAUCUGUGAAGAUUACACACAAAGGAGAUUAAGGAUUUGAUAUCAGAAAUACACAUAGAAAUGUCUACCAAAAAAAUCAUGAUAUGCAAGUGAAGUUACACUUGAGCAAUAGUUGAUUUGCUGUUGACUUACAGUAUCCUCAUGUGUUAAUUACCAUUUCAACCUAUGUCUUUUAUCAAAGUGGAUCCGUCAAUAAUGCAUUAAUUCUUUCUGAAGUAUUUUUCAGAUGUCAUUCUAUUGCAACCUAUGCAGCACAUAGCAUAUAAACUUCAGAACAAACACACACACCGCACACACUCACAGCGUAGCAUACAUACAUGCUAGUAAUGCACAAGUAAUGCACAAAGCACUCCCAGACCCGUCACAGAGUCCUAUGGAACUACUUGAGUUACUGUGUAUUAGAGAGGAUAUUCUCCCUCUCAUGAUUUCUUCCAUGUUUGUUUGUCUUUCUCCCUUCUCUCUGGCUUUGUCUGUCUCUCUCUGGUCAGGUAUGGGUUAAGGGUAUGGGUGACUGGGUAUGGGUGAAGGGUAACUGG